CAUCACUCAUGUACCUCACUUAAGUUGUAACACUCACAAGCAAAGCCCCAGAGCUCCCCUUCCUCCCUCACUCUGCAGCUACACCACCACCAGUUGUGGCGGCCGGAAGGCGGAAAUACAGAUCACCAGCCGCAGAUACUUCUCCUACCAUCUAGCGGCAGCCAUUGGACUGCUCUUCAUUCUUCUCUUUCUUACGGCAGCCGUCACUUGCUGCUCCCCUUGUGCCAGACGGAUUUCAGACGGAUUUUUGGGGUUUGAGAAUUCCAUUUGUUCCUCCAUUUUCUGUUUCUCUCUCUCUCUCUCUCCUAUUCUCUGUUUCUCUGUCCGCCAUUAUCGAAGGUAAGCAGAGCAUUUUGGUCCUCCAUUUUCAGGGUUUUUCUAUGGCCAUUGCAACACUUGACUCAGUUAUAGUUUAUCCUAUUAAUAGUCGACUGUGGUGUUCCUACACCCGUCAUCUAUAUCCAUUGAACCAGGUCUCAGUCAGUAAAAAGUGCCAGAUAAAGUGCUCCACGUGGAAACGGUGUGAAUACAUUGAUCUUCACAAUGUGCUUGUACCUUAUGGUGAGGCAUGGGAUUUGCAAAAGGCCGUAGUUACAGAGAAGAAAGGUUUAAUUGAGAGGAAUGAAAAAUGUUGUGAUACUCUAAUUGUGUUGCAACACCCUCCUGUUUAUACUCUUGGCACUGGUAGCUCCAAGGAGUACUUGAAUUUUAAUGUGAAAGAUUCCCCUUAUGAUGUUAUAAGAACUGAACGCGGCGGCGAAGUUACCUAUCAUGGACCUGGACAGCUGGUUAUGUACCCUAUUGUCAAUCUACGGAAUCACAAUAUGGAUCUUCAUUGGUAUCUCAGGGCCCUAGAGGAGGUGGUCAUUCGUGUUCUUUUCUCAACUUUUUCUAUCGAGGCUUCUCGACUAGAAGGCUUUACUGGUGUUUGGUUCGGAAACAAGAAGCUGGCAGCAAUCGGGAUACGGGUAUCUCAGUGGAUUGCAUACCAUGGGCUAGCUCUAAAUGUUUCUAUGGACCUGACACCUUUCAAUCAGAUUGUACCAUGUGGAAUACGAGACCGCGAAGUUGGAAGCAUUGAGCAAGUACUAAGAGAAUUCCAAGCAUCCCGCCAUGGUUUGAGCACGGAUAAACUUAGUGCUAGCAAUUCUCUGCUGAUUGAUAUCGCUCAUAAAUCACUCAUUCGGGAAUUUUCUGAAGUGUUUCAACUUGAAAUUGAGCAAGUAAGUCUGCCAGCAAAUAACGAGGAAGUGGAAGUCACAAGUCAUGACUCUUUUGCGUCGUAAAUAAGGAUGAAAAAUUCCUAGUGGCCAAAAGUUAAUCGGAUAAAAGGAUUCUCCCAUUGUAACGGUAUUCAGAAGGCUCAAAAGCAUUUUGCAGUAAGCUGCAACCUAUGUAUUACUCCAGCACAUGCAAUCUCGACAUUAGGAUAGGUUUGUCGUAGUGUAGAUGAUAGGGAUUAAUGUCCAUAUGAACAUGUUUUUACGCAUUCUGUGCAAGCUUUGGACCCAGCACUGGGUUGUAAGAGCAACUUUGUAACAUCCCAUCUCCUGCAAAAUCGAUUUGCACAAUCAUUGCACGAAUUGUAUUGGAUAGUAGGCUAUGGAAAGGAGUCCCUCCUACCAAUUUACGAUAGUGGGUUGAUCAAUUAGUUUUAUAACAAUGUUAAGCGUUUAUCUUUAAUCGUAAACAAACAAUGA